AUGUUUGGGCUGGUUUUGGUCACUUUCUGUAUACUUCUACCGUAUAAUGCAUAUCGAUAGUAAGUGACAGUACUAGGCAGUACAUUAGCUACCCUAUCAGAGUUCUAGACAUGCAAAACGGGCCGGGCCUGGAUGUUAGACCCCCUCAGGGCCGGCCCGUUUCUCAUGUCUGCAGAGUUCACAGAUUUAAAGUUUUUGGUUUUAGCUCUGGCUCUGCCUUUAUUUAAUUUUAGCUCUGGCUGUAGCUCCGGAGCAGAAGCUGCCCUGGAAAGUUUUACAAAAACAGGGAAAUGCUUGGGUCUCGGCACGAAUACUUUAAAAACUAAAAUUUUUUGUUUUAAUUUACCCUUUUUCAACGAAAUCUCGUAGUUUUUUCACUGAUUACGUUGCAAACAGGGUCGGGCGGGGACUUUUGGUCUGGGGGCAGGGGUCCAAAAAUCCACAGGGGGGACCACGUUCAAAUUUUUUUCGAAAUUUUUUUUUGGGGGGGGGGUACUCUGUACUCCCCCCCCCCGUCCCCGUCCCCCUCGCGCCCGGCCCUGGUUGCAAAUAAUAUUUUUUUGAACAUGCAACCUCUUUUAUAUAUUUUUUUAACUUCUGAGUUUGGCCUGUUUUAUAAACAUUUUUUGCCUUUUGUUACUGGUCGAUAGCUUACGAUCUUUAGUAAAAGGCAUAUAUGGGGUUGUUCAGAUAAUUCUGUACGCCCUAACACCCAAAUUUUGUUUUGAGAAGGGGCACAGAGUUUUUUGAACAACCUAAUAUAAUGCUACUUUUAAUGUUUUAGUUACACGGUAACCGAAGAUGUUAUUGGAAUGCGACUGUAUACUGGAGAUCAUAUUCGCGUAUCUUUGAAUAAACCGUUUGUUAUGACAUUAUACGGAAAGGAUGUCGCUUUAGAGGACAUUGAAAGGGCUUGGCUCACUUCUUCUGAUCGAUGUUCGGUAAGGAAGAAUGUUUUACAAGACAAUAAUAGGUAUUAACUAUGCAGAAUUAUAAUAAUAACUUAUUUAUUUUAUGUAUGGUACUUUUUAUGCUUAUCCUUAAUGUAAAAUUGAUGAAACUUUGAAUAAGAUGACAUUUAAGGCGAGCACAGUCAAAGAACCUUCAUUUUUGAAACUGGCCAUCUUGCCCGAGGCUUCUACCUCGGGUAUGUUAAGGAUGAAGUCUUUAAGUAUAUCGUCGCCAGAUGUAUACAAGUUAUGUUUGCAACGUUCAUCCAGCUAUGAAUUGAUAACGGACCCUGUAAGUUAAUAUAACAAGGAUAAGCAGUGUUUUGUUAGUGAAAAAUGAUUUUAGGUAACAAAAUUUACAAAAAGUUUAGAUGAAGGUUAAACGGGUCUUUUGAAAGUUGGUUCUACAAGCUCAUUGACUGAAAUGUUGGUCAAAAUAUACGUAGAAAUUUGUAUUUAAAAGCAUCUACGUUUUUCUAUUUACUUUUUGACCGGUUUGAAUAUGAUUAAUAGUCCACAGUAAUCUUACUUUAUAUUGUUAUAGACAAUGGUAAUUGAAAUCUCUGAUUUGGAUGUGAAACCUCUGGUACCAUUGCUCGUUAUGAUACCUACCUUUAUAUUGUUCAUGUGUACGAAUGCUCUGUUCUCUGGCAUGAACAUGGCUUUCUUCUGUAUUCCUCACAAUGAUAUCAUCCUACUACAACGUUACAACGAUGCUGAUCAGAACAAACAAGCUCACGCCAUCCUUCAGAUACGAAAGAACUCGAAUUGGUUGGUGUGCACGCUGGUGCUCGGGAAUACGAUCGUCAACACGGUUAGCACGUUGUUGAUUGAGGAUGCUUGUAAACCUGUAAGUAUUAGUGUUAUAUGUAGAUGUUAAAGUAAAAUAUAGAUGUUAGAAUAAGAAUCUUAUCAGUUAAAGUGAGAAAAUGAGGUUUUUCAUGGAGAUGAAGUGAACUCAUGGUGACUUCAUGUUUGGUCGUAUUAGAUGGUAUUUUAAACGAAAUCUUGAAAUGAAGUAAUGCAACUUUUCAGCUAGCCCCAAAGACCAAGAUUAUCGUAAUAAACGUCGUGCCAGUCCUUCUGAAUAUGUUUUUCGGAGAGAUUUUCCCUCAGGCAUUCGUCAAGAAUCGAGGGUUACGUGUCGCCAGAAGAACGUUGUGGAUCGCCAAGUUCUUUAUGGUUCUGUUUCUACCGGUCGCUUACCCGUUGUCGCGAUUACUGGACUUUUUGAUUGGAACUCAAGGAGUCGAGGUGAUGGAUGCCAAGAAGUUUGAAGGCAUGAUCAAGCUUCAAAUGACUAACAAUCUGCCUAAAGGUAGGAUUGAGGGGGGUGGUUAUAAGGUUAAUGGUUAUAAAGUUUAUCGACAGGUCAAAAAUUACGUAGAAAAAGUUAAGAGUUUUAUUGUUUUAAUGGUUUAACUGUAAUAUGUCAAGCUGUUUAAAUAAUUCUGUAUCCCUUCUCAAAGCAAAUUUUUGGGGUUAGGGGCUCAGAAUUAUUUGAAAAACCUAAUAUGAUAAUGUUAAAAUGAUAUUGUUUUAGAUAUACUGGAAAGAGCGUUCAGAUUCAAAGAUGUUACAGUAGGCAGUAUAAUGACGUCGAUCAACGAUGCUUGGCUGUUAUCGUCUGAAGACAUUCUUGAUAUUAAUGUAGGCAUAGCUUUUAAAAUUUAAAUUGGUUUUAUUAUUUUUUUUUAUGAUAAUUAUAUGAUUUUUAUCAAUUUAGUUACGAUAUUGUUUUAGUGCCUAGUGAACAUCAUGGAAAUGGGAUACACAAGAGUACCAGUCUACUUGGGCAACGAUCGUGGCCUGAUUGUAGCUUUGUUGAAUGUGAAGGAACUUAUCUUUCUGGAUCCGAAUCAGAAGAUCAAAGUCAUUGAUAAGCCGGAGUGUCUGAUUACAGUAAGGUGUUUGAACUUUAAGUAUAUAAACAUCAUAUUAAGGUAGCAUACUGGUAUACAAAGUAUGGAAGGGUAUGUUUUGGUAGAAUUGCUAUACUUAUAAGUGGUGUUUUUAAUGUAAAUGAUGUUGUUGUAGGCACAGUACGUGUUCGAAGAGAUGCCAGCCAGCAAGUUGAUGGAGGAAAUGAUCUCAGGUCACGUUCACUUGUGUAUUGUGGCCAAAUAUCAACAUGGAUGUCAUAUUGUGACGGGGCUUAUAACUUUGGAAGAUAUCAUCGAAGAAUUGAUUGGCGAGAUAUAUGUAAAGUCACUGUAAUAUAUGAUUGAUAUUGCCUUAUGUAACUCUGAAAAUAUUUCAAGUUAUUAUAUGUAUACACAUCAGUAACAUGUCUUUCUGUUUAGGAUGAUACUGAUGUAUCGUCGAAGCGUCUGAAGCCAGGCACCCACGAUGACAAAGCGACCCUAAGAUGGCUGAAGGAUCAUACCAAGGGGCUACAUCUCACUCCGAUGGAACAAACUCGGGUAAUGCAAGAGUUGUGCGAUAAUUGUGCUGCCUUCAAUAUGCUACAACUUACAGUACAAGAGAUGAGGAAACUUAUCAGUCUGUGUCCGGUUAUCCAAUCGAAUGACAAGGAAACAGUCAUCACUAAGGAGAAGAUUGUCAAGUGAGUAAUGUUAUAUUAUACUAGGUUUUUAGCUUGUAUAAGAGUUUUAACUGGUAUUGCAAGGAUGUUAUAUGUUGUAGUAUAUUAUAGCUAUUUGCAAUACUUGUUGUUGUACAUCUUGGUUAUUCUCAAAGUACGAAAGAAUUACUGGGUUUUACAAAAUACUGUUUCAGCACGUUGUUCAUAGUAAUCAGAGGAUCAGUUCUGUCGCCAGAAGGUCAUUAUAUUAAUGUAGAAUACAAGAUAUACGGUAGCGUGUUAAUCAGUAGAAUGCUGCAUGUCUUCUCAAGGCAAGGCUUCAAAGCAGAUGUCAGUAACGUCAGCUAUGUCAGUACUCAAGAUGUGGUUGUCAUUGAAGGAUCGGUACUACUUAUGGUAAGCACUUUUAGUAUGUUUUCUUUUGAUUACUGUAUCAUACAUAUACAGAUCGAAUUGAUGUUUUUCGUACCUUUUUGUUAACAGUGGUGUGUAUCUUGUAGUAUAUUUCGAUAAGUAAGACAUUUAAAAAUAAUUUUAGAUGGAAAUGAGCACAAUCUCGUCGCUUCUCUUGUCCAUACACAAUGAACACGCUCACAAAAACAUCUCGACCAAGCACGAUUACUAUGUAAACGACCUUCUACACUCACAUCAACCAACAAAACCGAUCAAAAAACGAAAAAAUCGCAUUUGA